AUGGAUCACUUGUCCACUGCACCCAACAUCGGAGAUGCUCUGUCUUUUGUGAGAACCAGCCAUUUGGUGACAAUGUUAGAGAACAGCUUAUAUAGAGCAAAACGUGCAAAACUUCACUGUUCAAAAGUUCUUGUCCCUAAAGAACUAACCACACGAGUGGCCCAGGAGGCACUAAAACUAUCCUUGAAUGAGCCCUGUGGACUGCGAGGCUGCAUUAUAUAUAUGAAUCUGGAAAGCUGCAAUAAGCAGGCUGCCUUGGACACAAUAGUGUAUGACUGCUCAGUGGAACCAACCUUUGAACUGAAGCUUGUUUUAAAGCAGGACACUCAAGGAUGGGACUACCUAAGAGAUCUUCUUCUCAACAAAACCUGCUUCCCACAACUUUUUAAAAGUGUCAUCAAAUUAAGCCCCAAGUUUCAUAUCUCCAAGAGGAGAUUGUAUUUUUCAGUUGUAGCUGCAGGAAAUGAAGAAUGCUAG